AUGAUGCCGAGCGGCUGUUGCAGACUGACAGCACGUUCAUUAGACUUUGAGAGGACCUCAGUCUUCUGCUGUUUCUCCUUUAUCUGGAGAGAAACAAUAGAUGUAGUAGGGUCCCCUGUCCUCCCCUCCUCCUCCUCCUGCUCCUCCUCAUCCUGCUCCUCCUCCUCCUGCUCCUGCUCCUCCUCCUGCUCCUCCUCCUGCUCCUCCUCCUCCUGCUCCUCCUCCUGCUCCUCCUCCUCCUCCUCCUGCUCCUCCUCAUCCUGCUCCUCCUGCUCCUGCUCCUCCUCCUGCUCCUCCUCCUCCUGCUCCUCCUCCUGCUCCUCCUCCUGCUCCUCCUCCUCCUGCUCCUCCUCCUGCUCCUCCUGGACAAACAGGAGGCGCAGGAGUCCUAUAGGACAGUGCUGUUUCUUGUUGCCUCAGGAUCAUGACGGAUUCCCUCUGAAGUGUGAGGGCGAGGAGAGAGGGACCCAGGACCAGGCCGAGAAAGAGAGCCACAAAACCGAGAAGGCCGAGAAACCCGACAAGACCGACAAGGCCGAGAAGCCAGAGAAGACCGAGAAGACCGAGAAGACCGACAAGGCCGAGAAGCCAGAGAAGAGCGUCCGUAAACUGUUGUCCAGAGACUCGAGCCAAGACUACACCGACUCCACAGGGAUCGAUCUCCACGAGUUCCUGAUGAACACACUGAAGGGAAAUCCAAGGGAUCGGAUCAUGCUUCUCAAACUGGAACAGGACAUCUUGGACUUCAUCAGCAAUAACGAGAACCAGCAGAGGAAGUUCCCGCCCAUGUCCUCGUACCAUCGCAUGCUGCUGCACAGAGUGGCGGCGUAUUUCGGCUUGGACCACAACGUAGACCCCAGCGGGAAGUCUGUGGUCAUCAACAAGACCUCCAGCACCAGGAUCCCGGAUCAGAAAUUCUCGGAGCACAUCAAAGACGAGAGAGCGGACGACUUUCAGAAGCGCUACAUUCUGAAACGAGACAACUCCAGCUUUGACGGAGACGACGUGACGCUGCAGGAGAGUAUGUUCUCCCUGUGUCGCUCACCACAGCUGCAGGAGAGUAUGUUCUCCCUGUGUCACUCUCCACAGCUGCAGGAGAGUAUGUUCUCCCUGUGUCACUCACCACAGCUGCAGGAGAGUACGUUCUCCCUGUGUCACUCACCACAGCUGCAGGAGAGUAUGUUCUCCCUGUGUCACUCACCACAGCUGCAGGAGAGUAUGUUCUCCCUGUGUCACUCACCACAGCUGCAGGAGAGCAUGUUUCUCCCUGUGUCACUCACCACAGCUGCAGGAGAGUAUGUUCUCCCUGUGUCACUCACUACAGCUGCAGGAGAGUAUGUUCUCCCUGUGUCACUCACCACAGCUGCAGGAGAGUAUGUUCUCCCUGUGUCACUCACCACAGCUGCAGGAGAGUAUGUUCUCCCUGUGUCACUCACCACAGCUGCAGGAGAGUAUGUUCUCCCUGUGUCACUCACCACAGCUGCAGGAGAGCAUGUUCUCCCUGUGUCACUCACCACACAGCUGCAGGAGAGCAUGUUCUCCCUGUGUCACUCACCACAGCUGCAGGAGAGUAUGUUCUCCCUGUGUCACUCACCACAGCUGCAGGAGAGUAUGUUCUCCCUGUGUCACUCACCACAGCUGCAGGAGAGUAUGUUCUCCCUGUGUCACUCACCACAGCUGCAGGAGAGUAUGUUCUCCCUGUGUCACUCACCACAGCUGCAGGAGAGUAUGUUCUCCCUGUGUCACUCACCACAGCUGCAGGAGAGUAUGUUCUCCCUGUGUCACUCACCACAGCUGCAGGAGAGUAUGUUCUCCCUGUGUCGCUCACCACAGCUGCAGGAGAGUAUGUUCUCCCUGUGUCGCUCACCACAGCUGCAGGAGAGUAUGUUCUCCCUGUGUCACUCACCACAGCUGCAGGAGAGUAUGUUCUCCCUGUGUCACUCACCCACAGCUGCAGGAGAGUAUGUUCUCCCUGUGUCACUCACCACAGCUGCAGGAGAGUAUGUUCUCCCUCUGCAGGAGAGUAUGUUCUCCCUGUGUCACUCACCACAGCUGCAGGAGAGUAUGUUCUCCCUGUGUCACUCACCACAGCUGCAGGAGAGUAUGUUCUCCCUGUGUCACUCACCACAGCUGCAGGAGAGCAUGUUCUCCCUGUGUCACUCACCACAGCUGCAGGAGAGUAUGUUCUCCCUGUGUCACUCACCACAGCUGCAGGAGAGUAUGUUCUCCCUGUGUCGCUCACCACAGCUGCAGGAGAGUAUGUUCUCCCUGUGUCACUCACCACAGCUGCAGGAGAGUAUGUUCUCCCCUGUGUCACUCACCACAGCUGCAGGAGAGUAUGUUCUCCCUGUGUCACUCACCACAGCUGCAGGAGAGUAUGUUCUCCCUGUGUCGCUCACCACAGCUGCAGGAGAGUAUGUUCUCCCUGUGUCACUCACCACAGCUGCAGGAGAGUAUGUUCUCCCUGUGUCUCUCACCACAGCUGCAGGAGAGUAUGUUCUCCCUGUGUCACUCACCACAGCUGCAGGAGAGUAUGUUCUCCCUGUGUCACUCACCACAGCUGCAGGAGAGUAUGUUCUCCCUGUGUCACUCACCACAGCUGCAGGAGAGUAUGUUCUCCCUGUGUCACUCACCACAGCUGCAGGAGAGUAUUUUCUCCCUGUGUCACUCACCACAGCUGCAGGAGAGUAUGUUCUCCCUGUGUCACUCACUACAGCUGCAGGAGAGUAUGUUCUCCCUGUGUCACUCACCACAGCUGCAGGAGAGUAUGUUCUCCCUGUGUCACUCACCACAGCUGCAGGAGAGUAUGUUCUCCCUGUGUCCACUCACCACAGCUGCGCAGGAGAGUAUGUUCUCCCUGUGUCGCUCACCACAGCUGCAGUGUUGGUGGCUCCAACCUCCCACUGCCUCAGCUCCUGGAACACGUGUGGCGACCAUUUCCUCCAUGAAAGCAGCGCUCCGGAGGAAGACCUGCGCAUGAGCAGCCAGCAGCGGCGCCAGAUGUUCAGGUGGGUUCUGAUCCACGUGGCUCUGAGCGGGAUUACAGAUUACACCUCAGCUGCAGCACAGACGCAGACGUAG